UCUCGCUAGUCUCGCGGCCGUCGCCACAUCGCGCGCACGUGUGCGCGCUGAGUUCGGCCUCUACAAUCAGCUGAUCGGCGCGCGCCCCGCGGCGCACAUGCCGUGAGGCCGCGUUCGCCGUCAUGACGGGCUACGCCCGCGGCGAGGCCGACUUCGCCGCUGCCGAACGCUUCCGCCGGGAGGCACGGCCUGCCUCGCUCGCCCCCAAGGACUACUCGGUGCCUUUACACGUAGACUGCAGUAUCGAAUACGAGCUUCCCGACUGUGCCAAGCCGCCGCAGGGCGUCAAGAUUGAGCCACUGCUCAUGAUUCACCCCUCGCACUUCCGGAGGCUCGAAAGCCUGCGGCGGGUGCCGUUUGUGAACAACCUGCCUCGAGGAGACGCGGCCGCGGCCGCCGCCGUGACGCCGAGCAGCAGAGCGCGCGCGCCUCGCCAGGCCCGGCGCUGCUGCCGCGCGGCCCCGGCGCCGCCCGCGCCCAUGCCGCAGCCGCAGCCGGCCGCGGCGGCGCGGGCCCGCGCGCCUGCGGACGAGCCGGCGGCCCACCAGCUGGCGUGCUACCGCUUCGAGUCGUACGCGGCGGACGGCGCGGGCGGCAAGCUGGCGGCUCGCGCGCGGCUCAAGCCGCAUCCCUACCUGCCGCCGGAGGCCCUGGACUGUGAUAUAGCGCGCGCGCUGCCGCCCGCCGCCGCGCACUACGACCGCUUCGACAAGCGCGCCCUGCAGCAGCUGCCGAUCUACAUGUAG